GCGAGUCGCUCAUCUCGCCAUCUAUGCAUUGCCUGCCCCCCACUCGUUUCGUGCACUUUCUUCCUCGCUUUCAGGCUCGCACGGGCCAAACAAGAAGUCAACACUGACUGCAGCAUCUAAGUACACACACAGAGACAGGGAAAAUGACGACCAUUACAUCACGAGUGGCAGUCACGAAUGCAGUUCAUUGACGAGUUGCGCCGAGCCGAAGCACCGAGCGUCCUCAUCGAGUGAAGCUUUCGCCUGCCCUGCCGAGAGACGCUCUCGCACCAUGGCCGACGACGACCUCAACGAGCUCGUGGUCAACAACAUGCUGAAGAACCGCAAGUACAACCCCGAGGUGUCGGACGCGUUCAGCUUCAAGCGUCCGCCCGACUGUCCCGUCUACACGCCGACGGCCGAGGAGUUCGAAAACCCCUUCGAGUACAUCGCCAAAAUCAGAGACGAGGCCGUGCACACGGGCAUCUGCAAGAUCCGCCCGCCCAAGGGUUGGGAGCCCCCAUUUUGUGUGGAUGUGGACAACUUCAAGUUCACGCCCAGGGUGCAGCAACUCAACGAACUGGAGGCCAAGACCAGAAUCCGGCUCAAUUUCAUUGAGCAGAUCGGCAAGUUUUGGAACUUGCAGGGCACUCCGUGCACCAUUCCCAUGAUCGACAAACACGCCGUCGACUACUUCACCCUUUACCAAGAGGUCCAGGCAGCAGGUGGUUUGUCUCAAAUCAAGAACAAGCAGUGGCUGGAAAUCUGCAAGGCGUUGGGUUUUGCGCCGAAGAAGUCAAUUGCCAUUAUUUUGAAGGACUACUACGAAAAGUAUCUGCACCCGUUCGACCUCUUCAAAAAGAGCAACAACGGAAAUGCAAAGCAGGAACAUAAGCCUGCAAAAAGAGGAAGGCCAAGUAAGAAGAAUGGAAUGCACGGGAACUAUUCGUUGCCAAACAGCAAGGCCAGUUCGCCGCCCAGUUCUCCGGAAAAGGAGCCCGUGGUUGAGGAGGCCGAGCUCGAGGAUUAUGAACGUUUCCAGUACAUUGGUGGCUGUCACAAGAUGGCAGGUUUUCGCACCAGGAAAAAGGAGCCAGAAGCAGCCAAAAAGCCCAGGGGAAGAAAGUCAAAGUUCAACAUAGACCCCCUGGCCAAGUACGUUUGCAAGAAGUGCAGCCGUGGAGAUAAAGAGGACAAGAUGCUCCUGUGCGACGGCUGCGACGACAGCUACCACACCUUCUGCCUGGUGCCUCCGUUGGCAGAAAUACCCGAAGGAGACUGGAGGUGUCCGAUUUGCGUGGACAAGGAGGUGUCGAAGCCUUUCGAGGCUUUCGGAUUCGAGCAGGCCAAGCGCGAGUACUCGUUGUACGAGUUUGGCAAGAUGGCCGACGAAUUUAAAUGCCAGUACUUCAACAUGCCAGUUCAUACGGUGCCUUUGGACCUGGUUGAGCGUGAGUAUUGGAGGAUCGUAGGCACCAUUGACGAAGACGUCACAGUCGAGUACGGAGCUGAUUUGCACACCCUUGACCACGGUUCGGGCUUCCCCACUCAUAAAUCUCACAACCUGUCCAGCCCGGAAAUGCCCUAUGUUCGGAGUGGGUGGAACUUAAACAACCUGCCCGUCCUCAGUGACUGCAUUCUGUCCCACAUUGACGCAGAUAUUUCGGGAAUGAAGGUGCCCUGGAUGUAUGUGGGCAUGUGCUUCUCCACCUUCUGCUGGCACAAUGAAGACCACUGGUCCUACUCCAUCAACUACCUCCACUGGGGUGAACCCAAAACUUGGUAUGGUGUGCCUGGUGCCGCUGCGCCUGAAUUUGAAGAUGCAAUGCGAAGCAAAGCUCCUGAACUUUUCGAGAAUCAGACUGAUCUUCUCCACCAACUUGUCACCAUUAUGAAUCCCAAUCUGCUCAUGGAGAGAGGGGUGCCUGUUUUCCGCACUGACCAACAAGCUGGCGAGUUCGUCAUCACAUUCCCAAGGUCAUACCAUGCAGGCUUUAACCAGGGUUACAACUUUGCCGAGGCGGUCAACUUUGCCCCGCCUGAUUGGCUCACAAUGGGUCGAGAAUGCAUAGACCACUAUGCUGAGCAGCGCCGCUACUGUGUCUUUUCACAUGACGAGCUGGUCUGCAAAAUGGCUUCAAAAGUCAGCAGGAUGUCGGUGCCCAUGGCGCUGGCCGUUUGCAAGGACAUGAACGAAAUGGUCCGGCUGGAGGUGGCUCUCAGGAAGGAAGUUGCUGCCCAUGGCAUCAAAAGCAAAGGGCAUGUUCCUUUUGAGACCCUGACCGACGACGAGAGGCAGUGUGACUUUUGCCAGACGACUCUGUUUCUCUCUGCUGUCGCUUGCAAGUGUAAUGAUAAGAAAAUGGCCUGUCUGCGGCACUUCAAGAACAUGUGCAAGUGCGACGGCGGAAAGAAAACUUUGCUUUACCGCUACUUGGAAUCUGAGCUGACGACCAAUCUCAAGGAAAUCAAGCGUUCCUUAGAGGAAUACAUGAUCUGGUUCAAGAAUGUCCAGGAAAUUGUAUUUUUAGAAAAAUCUGACAAGCCAGAAUUGUCUGAGCUUGUAGAACUAGAUCAAGAAGGCCGAAAAAGGAAAUACCCUCAGAAUUCGGCCUAUCUAGCAUUUAAAGAGGCCAUUAAGGAAGGAGAAACUACGAUUAAUUUAUGUGACCAGCUCAUAGCUCGAAGAGAUGCCCAAGGGCUUGGUGAUUUUCCCUCAGAGGAUAAGCUGCAGGAGAAUGAGCUGAAGGAGCUGGCUUCCAAGGUUUCUUUCUUGUGCUGCAAAGUGGCACACAGCUACAUUCUAGAAGACACCCUUGCCGAGGUUGAAAAGUUCCACGCAGCUGCAGAGAAAAUUAUGCAGUCUGAAGAAGACAUACCGACCAAAGAGUUGCUUGCCAUUGUCAAAAGGGGCAAAACCAUGGUUGUCUGGCUCCCUGAAAUGCCUCAGUUAGAACAAAAACUGAAACAAGCACAGUGGCUGGACCGUGUAAGGAGUCUGGAAAGCUGCAGUCCCCCUAGCACAGAGAAAGAAGUGCGAGAACUUCUGGAGGAGGUUGAGCUCCUCCUUCCUACACCAGCUGUUGAAAAUUCUAUAGGGCUGUUGAAACUACUCUUGGACAGAGUAACUUCCUGGAACAGAGCGGCUAAAACAGGACUUAAUAAUAAGCCGACAAUAAAGAAACUCGAGAAGCUAGUCAGCGAGGCAGAAAGUAUUCCAGUCCACUUGCCUGACCUUUCGUCAGUGAAAGACCUUGUGAAGAAAGGCCGCGAUUGGAUGAACAAGUACCGAACCAUGAAAUCCACCGAACACCCCUAUCUAGAGCAGAUGGACAUUCUGGUCAACAUUGGCCGAAACUUGCAGGUCCACCUGGACCCUCUUGGUGCCCUCGAGGACGAGUCGAUAAAGGCCCGAGGCUGGCUCGAGAAGGCCAGUCGCAUUUUCCUCAAGAAAAACUCUCAGCUCAAGCUGAUUGAGGCGUUGAACCCAAGGAAAAUCGUCGGCAUCCAGAGCAACAAGGGCAAGAGGAAAAAACUAGACUCAUUUACUGAGAAAAGUUUGGACGAACCUCCUCUCGACAAUGAAACCAUUUUUGCAAACUUCCUGCAAGCUAAGCAGAGGGAAGUCCAACUGAUGAUAACUCUGCGAGAGAAGAACCUGCUGAAGCGGACUGCUGAGGGCGGCGACGCCAAAUUCUGCAUUUGCAACAAACCUUGUGCUGGGAACAUGCUCGACUGCGAACUGUGCAAGGAACUCUACCAUCCUAAGUGCCUGUUGAACAGCAAGCUGACUGGCAAAGGCAGGUCAGCGAUUCUGCAGCAGCCAGGCGAGAGUCAAACCAAGUACCUCUGUCCCACCUGUCUCCGGACGCGGCGUCCGCGCAUUGAGACUGUCCUGCCGCUGCUGGUCGACCUGACCAAGCUGCCGGCGCGCCUGCACGAGGGUGAGACCCUGCAGUGCCUGACUGAAAACGCCAUUCACUGGCAGGAGAAGGCCAAGGCGGCGCUGGCCAACGAGGAGGUUGCCUCCGCCCUUGCCAAGUUGUCGGUCAUGAACCAGCGGGUCUUGGAGGCCGAGGCUCGACGCAAGACAGAGCGCAUCAUAAGCAGUGAACUGAAGAAGGCGGCCAACAACCCGGAGCUGCAGAACCAGCUGCCUUUGAUGCCACCGAUGGCCAAUGUUGACGAUAUGCCAGGAACAGAUAUUACUAACAAUAUGCCUAAAGAGGAAUAUGAUCUAGAUUGCGAUUUAGAAAAGAUGAAAGGCUCCAACAACUCCGACCACGCCUAUUCAUCAAUGAAUAUUGCUCGACUGAAGCACAGCAGGAAAUCUCCUCUGGUGCCGCGCCACCCACCAACAACCCUUCACCUUCAGGAGAGCACUCGCUUCAUGCUGGAGUCCCUGAUGAUGGAGGGAGACCUGCUUGAAGUGUCUCUCGACGAAACCCACCACAUCUGGCGCAUUCUGCACGCCAGCAACCCUGUUCAGAAGCAGAAUUUUGAAAAAAAUAAUCCGGACUUGGCUGAGAGCAAGCAGAAUUUGCAACCGCUGGAUCUGUUGGAGAAACCAAAACCAAAGCCCAGAAAGCCGAGGGAACCAGGCGUCAAGAAUAAGCUGAGGGUUGUCCUCGGAGCAAACAAGGAAAAGCUGCCGAGGAAGCCAAUGGUUGGAAGAAAGGGUAAGAGAAAGGUUGAUGGUGAAGAGGAUGAUGUGAAGCCAGUAAAGAAGUGGAGGAAGAUGAAAGCGAAAGAUGUUUCGGCUAGCGAGUCUGAGGAGGCAGACGCUGAGGAACGCUGCAAUUCCGACACCUGCGUUCGGCCGAGUGGGGAUGAAGUUAAUUGGGUACAGUGCGACGGCUGCUCCGAGUGGUUCCAUCUGAUCUGCGAAGGACUCAGCAAGGCAGACGUCAACUCGACAGACGAAUACAUCUGCAGGUCUUGCCAUAAGUUGUCCUUGGCCAUCGACGCAGACCCCAAAUUGGAGCCCAAAGAGGAGGAGGAGGAAACUACCACAACCAAAGUUGAGUGGACAGAUCUGGGAGUGUGAAUACAGUAUUUCGGUGGAAGAAAUUUCUCAACGCGUUCACCUUUCCGUAAUUUCAUCCGUUCAUUGCCACUCAAAGAAAUAUUAUGUGACAGUUGCGUUAUCUAAAUGAUAUGGAAGUAUUUAUUUGGAAACUUCAGGGAAGUAGCUGAUUAACUUUGACUAAGCCAAUUCACCCGCACUUGAUUGUACAUGCCACCAGCUAUCAUUCCCGCGCAGCAUUCUUGUGUGUAGUGUCCGAAUAAUUUCAUUUAGGAAUUCUUAAAGUGUAAUAAACGAAGCCUGUUUUUAUGUCAAUAAUUAGUGCUUCUGAUGUUUUCAUUUGUAAUUGGUGAAAGAGAUUUAAAAUUAUUCAUACUUAGAGGGAGAAAUUGUUAAGUGUCAGGCAGACUAAAUUUUCUUGAAUGUUGGAUUGUGCAUGUACAAACACAUCCACCAGUAAUCACCAUCUUAAUUAAACUGAUAAGCUUUGAAAGCGACCUGGCGGUCACAAUAUAGGCGCGUUUUGAUCUCCUUUGAUUUUAGUACAACUCUGUGUAAGCUUUUAUAUUAUUGUGACACAACAGCCGCCUGCUUCUUUUCCUCAUUCAAUUUGCAUUGACAUCAGCAAACGACGCCUGAUUUUUCACUAUUAUAUUUUCAAGUUUAUCUUAUCGAGUGCGUGUGACACGUUUUCUUUGUAAAUAUUCUGAAUAGAUCCAUUAUUCAAAUCCGACUAUAAAAUCAAGAGUUUUAUUAACUGCGCGCAGAACUAGAGAGAUAAAUAUAAUUUGCUUUGCCUAUCUAAAACUUGCUUUAAGAGCAAUCGAGAGACGAUGUUGUUUUAAAUUGGAUACUAACUGUCACUCUGAAUGAAAAAGUGUGUACAUAUGACUUUUUGUCACGUUUCAUUAUUUGAACUCUACUUACUAUUUAGACAAGUAAAAUUAUCAUCAUGCAUCAUGAAA